CCUUCGAGAUUUCCCGAUUGGUCCGCGACGGCGUAGGGGGACUCGCCGGCGUUGUCUACAUCUACGCGGCGGCGGCGGCAGCUACUUCCCGUGUUGUCCGCUACAUCGGCCAUGUUUCCAGUUACAUGCGAUGGUGGGGAGUUUCGGUGGCGGUUGAGGUUGCAUCCUCGCGGUGGAGGCUGCAACCUAGUGACGGCGGUUCCGUCCUUCCGGCAGCGGGGUACAUCCACUCGGCGGCGGCUUCAUCUUCGCGGCCGCGGAUCCAUCCUCGCGACGGAGGCUGCAUCCCGCGAUUUCGGCUACAUCCCCUCGCUGUCUGUUCCAUCUCAGGGUCUCCGGCUACAAUCCCUCGUCGCCGGCUAGAACCCCUCGCCGCCUGUUCCGUCCUAGGGUCUCCGGCUACAUCCCCUCGCCGCCUGUUCCAUCCCAGGGCUCCGGAUACAUCCCCUCGUCGGCAGCUACACACAACUGCAAGUGUCCAGGAGAUGAGGAGACUCCAUCCUCGCGGUGGAGGUGGCAUCCCCUCGAAGACAACAGCUUCCCCGCAGCAAUGGCUGCAUCUCCCGUCUUGGGCCACAUCUCCACUGCAUCACGUGUCUAUGGCUACAUUCCCGCAAUUCCGGCUACAUCUGCCGUGGUUCCUGCUGCAUCCCAUGCAAGGGUAUCAAGGGCGCAAAGGCUCAGCUGAUGAUACCCUCCCGCACCCCACCCUCCCAGCCCUAACCGCCGCCGCCGCCGGGUCGGCAUGCGGUUGGUGGUAG